CUGACGUCAGGCAGCCCCUUAAAUAGCAGCGCAGCCGCCUCUGCCCCGGCACUUCCAGCGGAGGCGAAACGGGAGCCGCUGUUGACCGAGCGCCGAGCCCCGAGCCGCGCCCGCCGGGGAUGGGAGCGGCGGUACCCGGACCGCAGGCGCCCAGGGGCCGGGGCGGCGGGAGCAGCCCCCGGGGGAGGCCCGGGCGCGCAGCCGCGUAGCUGCGGGACAUGCCGGAGCGGGGCGCGGGAGCAGCGGGGCCCCGGGGGCAGCGGCGGGCCGGACCGGGCCGCGCCGUGCCCAGCGGCGGGGCCCCAUGGAGCCAUGGCGCAUAGGGCGCCGAGCGGGCGAGCCCCGGCUGCGGCUCCGGCUCCGUCCCGGCGGCUGGCACGGAGGGUCCUGGUGCUUUUCACGCUGUCGCUGUCCUGCUCCUACCUCUGCUACAGCCUCCUCUGCUGCUGCGGCGGCCCCGCCGCCCCCCGUGCCCGCUGCCCGCCCGCCCGCGCCGCCGCCGCCAAGAAACUUCUGCAGAAGCCGCGGCCGUGCGGCCGCACCGGACCCGCCGAGCCCCCGCCCAGCGCCGCGCCCGCACGCCGCCCGCGGGACCACCCGCGGCCGCCGAUCGGCAGCCCUCCGGGCCCGGCGCGCCCCGGCACCAAGCGGCUGCCGCAGGCCAUCGUGGUGGGCGUCAAGAAGGGCGGGACCCGCGCCGUGCUGGAGUUCAUCCGGGUGCACCCCGACGUGCGCGCCCUGGGCACCGAGCCCCACUUCUUCGACAGGAACUACGACCGCGGGCUCGAAUGGUACAGGAGCCUGAUGCCUCGAACGCUCGACAGCCAGAUCACAGUGGAGAAGACCCCCAGCUACUUCGUCACCAAGGAGGCCCCGCGGCGCAUCUUCAACAUGUCACGGGACACGAAGCUGAUCGUGGUGGUGAGGAACCCGGUGACCAGGGCCAUCUCAGACUACACACAGACGCUCUCCAAGAAGCCAGACAUCCCCACCUUCGAGGGGCUGACCUUCCGCAACCGCAGCCUGGGGCUGGUGGACACCUCCUGGAACGCCAUCCGCAUCGGGAUGUACGCCGUGCACCUGGAGACCUGGCUCCAGUACUUCCCCCUCUCCCAGAUCCACUUUGUCAGCGGGGAGAAGCUGAUCACAGACCCAGCUGGGGAGAUGGGCAAAGUCCAGGACUUCCUGGGCAUCAAACGGGUUAUCACGGACAAGCACUUUUACUUCAACAAGACAAAAGGCUUCCCUUGCCUGAAGAAGUCGGAGAGCAGCGGCUUGCCACGCUGCCUGGGCAAGUCCAAGGGCAGGACUCACGUGCAGAUAGACCCCGAAGUGAUCGAGCAGCUGCGGGACUUCUACAGACCUUACAACGUCAAGUUCUAUGAAACAGUUGGGCAGGACUUCAGGUGGGAAUGAGCCUGGGAGCAGCGCUGUGAGGAUGCGAAGCUGCAGGCUUCCUUCCCUCAGGAGGGUCCUGGGGGGACAGAGCCAGGACCCCCUGGCCAGCUCCUCCCGCCCCAAAUCUGUGAGAAGAGGCAGGCAAGAGGCUUCCUGGGCUCUAGGGAGCCUGGGAUGCUCCAGCACGAGCUGAGAUGGGGGAAGACACAGAGUCCUGCCACAGCCACCGUAGGAUGAGUGCCCAGAAGGCACUGCCUGUCCUGGCAGGCUGACCAUGCCAUGCCUGGCUUCAUGGGGUCCCAUUUGCUUUUACUGCCACGUGGUCACUGGGGGCCUCCACCAUGGCCCCAUCUCACAGCCUAGGCACAGGCUGCUACAAGUCACAUCCCUCCUCUGUGUCCCAAACCAAAUGGGUGCUCUGGGGCUACAGGCAACAGGGGUGGGGCUGUCCCCUGGGGCCACGUCCUGCCGUGGUGCCGGGGUGGGCAGAGCUGCAGCCUCUCCGCUUAGCCUUUCAUCACAGAUGGCAGUGUGGAACCGUGAGGGCAGAGAGAUGUCUGCUGGGGAAAGGGCCCCAUGGAAAUGUCCUGCUGAUGUGUCCUGUGAAUAAAGCACAGCCUCCUGCUGUUACGGGUACUCUAGUGGCACCGGUGUCCUUGCUCAGCAUGUCACCCCUUGGUGUAAAUAAAAACGGCUACCACUG